AUGGACAAGGGACAACCACCCGACCAUCCAGCUUCUGAACAGGAGCCGCCCGCAAAGAGGCACAAGCCUCUCAACUCAUAUUUUCCUCAACCCUUUCGCGGCAAGAUCUUCGUGCAAAACGAAAAUCCGAAUGAGGAAGAGGCGAUUGCCGCGGCCAGGGAGGCCAUAGCCUCCGCGAAACGCUCCACAGAAAAUGAUUUCACAAUCGCCUUCUUCACGGAUGCUUCGGUGGAAGGAAAGACACUCGAUUUGCCCGGCGGAUACUCUGUUGUUUUUGACAAUUUCUUCCCCGGCACCCAUCACUAUCGCGAAAGACUCGAAAUGGCCUGGCUGAUGCCAAACAUGAUUACCAGUACCAUUGGGGAGGCUGUAGGCAUUUUACAAGCCCUUCAGGUUGCGAUUCACCAUCUUCGAGCUAUCGCUAUCUCGCCGGCUGAUAUAGCGAGCGCCCGGAGAGUAAAUCUGUGCAUUUUCUCGGAUGCACAUGAAGUUAUCCGGCUCAUCAAGUAUCAGAAUCUUAACGUCGGAGACAUCCCCGGCUUUGAUGUUUUCCUGGAGCUUCAUUGGGUCAAAGGACAUGCCGGCGUCGAAGAGAACGACCAAGCCGAUCUCAUUGCGAGAAGGGCUCGUCCCAUUGAGGAUGGAAGAGAUAUUUUCGUAGCCAGCGGUGAGGAUGUGGACGCAACAGCACUACCGCCCGCCGUUCAUCUUCUGUUUUUAGACGACAUUGCGGCGGAGAAAGCUCGCCAACGGCCACCACGACCCUUGGGCAAACAAAAUGAUCGUCGCAAGAGGAACGGCAGGAGAACGCAUCGAACGCGUGACAACAACGUCCCAAGUCCUUCUUUGCAUCCACCCAACGACGACCUGACUUACAGCCCACCUCCUUGGGCUUCACAUUCCUUCCGCUUUAGUAACAGUUCCUUGGAGAUGCCUCAGUAUCCCGCCACUCGCCCGUUUUCUUUUGCAAGCGAAGAGCAUCCUCGUGUUUCCGAGAAGCAGACACUCGAAACUGAGGAGCAGAGCCCGACGCCUAAGCAAGAUACACCCCUUGACGCCAAUAAUCAUGAGGAGAAGCCUGCGAUCGAGAUCGAAGCCCUUGAGAGAGAUUCUAAACUGGAGCAGGGGGUGGCGGUCAUCCAGCCAGCCCCGACAGCAGCGCUCAACAUCAACAAACCAACCAUUGGAUUGGAAUCUUCGGCAAAUGAGCAAGCGCUCACUUGUCUCCAGCACGAAGAGCAAGAGGAGCUGAUAGCCAACUUGGAAGUCCAGGUUCCGGAGAAGAACUCUGUGUUGGAACACAUUGUCUCGGACAACUUGGCAAGUGUCCCUCGACAAGUUGUUGAGGAAGACAAGCACUCAGUGAAACGCGAGGUCCAGAAACCGGCCAUACUUCUGUCCACUGGAAUGGAGGUCGCAGAAAAUGAGCAAGAUGCCACCCCUCACAGCGUGAACGAGCAACACGAGCCAACGACCAAAGCCAAAGACCAGAAGUUCAUCAUCCACGAAGCCAUCGAAGAUACAGAACCGUCACCGGACUCUGAAGUCUCGACGCCCGUUUACCAACCGGCUGAAGAACACAACGAUUCAGCGCUAGAACCAUUGCUAGGCGAUCAAGCCUUGAUUGAUGUUCAGCUGGAGGGUGAGUAUGUCGAGUGGUGCCAGCGCCGUCUACAAGACGUUUUGGUUUCAGUCCACAACCACGAAGGGGGCAGCACAGGCGAGACUGAUACAAGUGAGGAGGUUAUUAGUAGAGAGGAAACCCAAGCGGCUGUUGGCAGACCACUGGCGGAGGAGGUGGAAGCAACUUUGGCCUAG